ACAUUUCUUUGUGUCCGUGCAGCAACAACAAACAUCACAUGUGUGUGUGAACCUGAACUCCGCAGAGUCGAGAUGUUUUCCUGUUUAAAAGAUAAAGUCGGGGAGGUUUUGUUACCGGGAGAUGAUUUCUCCUUUCAGGCCGACGACACCAUCUCUCUGACGGACCACGUGAAGCCGGAGAAGGUGGUCUGCGGCCCGGGGCUGCGGCGCAGCGGAGACCGGCUGGUGGUGUGUAAGAGCGGCGUCCUCCGACACAAACAGCCCAACAUGUUCUGGAUCGAUUCUCAGCAGAAGAGGUAUGUCGCCGCUAAAGGAGAGACGGUCAUCGGCAUCGUGACGGUCAAAUCAGGAGACGUCUUCAAGGUGGACUUUGGAGGAAGUGAGCAGGCGUCUUUGUCCUACCUGGCGUUCGAGGGCGCCACCAAGAGGAACAGACCCAACGUCCAGGUGGGAGACUUGGUGUUCUGUCAGUUCAUCAUAGCCAAUAAGGACAUGGAGCCGGAGCUGGUGUGUAUGGACAGUUCAGGACGAGCCAAUGGGAUGGGAGUGUUUGGAGGAGGAGGUCUGCUGUUCAGAGUCUCUCUGGGACUCGUCAGAAGACUGCUGGCCCCCCACAGUACUCUGCGGUCGGAGCUGCAGCAGUUGUUUCCCUGUGAGUUGGUGGUCGGGAUGAACGGCCGUCUGUGGGUGAAGGCGUCCAGCGUUCAGCAGACGCUCAUCAUAGCAAACCUGCUGGAGAGCUGCGAGAACAUGACGGCCGAGCAGAGACAGCAGCUGUUCAGGAGGGCGGCGCAGGGGGCGCUAUAGACCCCCCGCAGACCCACACCUGAACCUGAACCUGAACCUGAACCUGAACCUGAACUAACCUGCAGCUGCAGCUGGACGUGUCUUCAGUCUGUUGGACAGGUGAGUUCAGGUGUUUCAGACGUCGAGCUGCAGAAGUGAGUCGUGCAGCUGCUGAUCAAACAGACUUUUCAUCUGUUGGUUUGUUCUUGAGUUUAAAGGAAUAUUCCACAGUUUCUCCUGAUCAUCGAUUCAUUGUUUUGUUGUUUUGAGUCAUUUUUUAAGAAGAAAAUCCUCUGAUUCUUUAGUCUCUAUGACAGUAAACUGAAUAUCUUUGUGUUGUGGACAAAACGAGACAUGUGAGGACGUCGUCUUCCAGAAACACUGAUCAACAGUUUCAUCACUUUCUGGAGCAAACAACUGAUCAGGAAAAUCAUCUCUAGAACCAGUUCUUCAGUUUCAGUUUGUUUGUUGUUUUAAAGCUUCGUCAGUAACGUUUGCAGCUGAUUGUAGAAGGAGGUUUAUAUUUGUAAUAAAACAAUAAAACAAAA